AAAAAAAAAAAAAAAAAAAAAAAAAAACCAAGCUAAAGAGAAGUAGAUCCAUGGCGGCGGAGAGCUCGGCUGGAGCGGCGGUGCGGCGGAUGCGGCUGGGGUCGCAGGGGCUGGAGGUGUCGGCGCAGGGGCUGGGUUGCAUGGGCAUGUCGGCGUUCUACGGGCCGCCCAAGCCGGAGGCCGACAUGGUCGCCCUCAUUCGCCACGCCGUCCGCUCCGGCGUCACCUUCCUCGACACCUCCGACGUCUACGGCCCCUUCACCAACGAGAUCCUCCUCGGCAAGGCUCUGGAAGACGGAAUGAGGCAGAAGGUGGAGCUGGCCACCAAGUUCGGGAUCCGAUACAGCAACGGGGUGAGGGAUAUCUGCGGUGAUCCUGCGUACGUGCGGGCCGCAUGCGAUGCGAGCUUGCAGCGGCUCGGCGUCGACUGCAUCGACCUCUACUAUCAGCAUCGGGUCGACACUCGCGUGCCCAUCGAGGUCACGAUGGGGGAACUAAAGAAGCUAGUUGAAGAAGGGAAAAUAAAAUACAUCGGACUCUCUGAGGCGUCUGCAUCAACUAUCAGGAGGGCACAUGCAGUCCACCCAAUAACCGCUGUUCAGUUGGAGUGGUCGCUAUGGACGAGAGAUGCGGAAGAAGAUAUAAUUCCUACUUGCAGAGAGCUUGGAAUUGGAAUUGUUGCAUACAGUCCACUUGGUAGGGGGUUCUUUUCCAGUGGGCCUAAGAUACUCGAAAGUCUGUCAGAGCGGGAUUUUCGUAAGACUAAUCCAAGAUUUCAACCUGAGAAUCUUGAAACCAACGCUCUCAUAUUCGAGCGUGUGAACGAGAUGGCUGCGAGGAAAGGAUGCACCCCGUCGCAGCUGGCGCUCGCCUGGGUUCACCAUCAGGGGAGCGACGUAUGCCCUAUACCGGGCACCACCAAGAUCGAGAACUUCAACCAGAACGUUGGAGCUCUAUCGGUGAAACUCACGCCGCAGGAAAUGGCCGAACUUGAAUCGUAUGCCGCGGCUGUGAAGGGCGAUAGAUAUCCUAGUGGAAUGAGUACAUGGAGGAACUCAGAGACUCCUCAUCUAUCUUCGUGGAAAGGUGAGUGAUUAUCUCUGCAGAUUUGUAAGUUGGCAAAUCGUUUGGCUUUCCAAUUUGUGUGAACUGCUUGUUGCAACUGCACCUGUUGUGCUAUUAAAUAUAAAUAUAUCUCAAACUCGAAUACUGUGUAUGGAAUACUAAUAUGUGAUUGCUUGGUGAAUCUUGUGUUUAGACCAAGUUUUCAUCAUUGAGAAUAAGAAUAAGAGAAGUUUUGUUGCA